UUGCAGGUGAUUGCGUCUAGUGGACUUGUGAGGUUUUUGAUAGAAAAUCAGCUCGUUCAGCUUUUAGAGAAUCCUAAAAAACAGAAUUCACUGAAAAUAUAAAUCUCUUGUUGAGAACAACCUAAUCGCGGCAGUUAAAGAUGGGAAAGGAGAAGAUCCAUAUCAACAUUGUGGUCAUUGGCCAUGUGGACUCCGGAAAGUCGACCACCACCGGCCACUUGAUCUACAAAUGCGGUGGCAUCGACAAGCGUACGAUCGAGAAGUUCGAGAAGGAGGCCCAGGAGAUGGGCAAGGGCUCGUUCAAGUAUGCCUGGGUGCUCGACAAGCUGAAGGCCGAGCGUGAGCGCGGCAUCACCAUCGACAUUGCCCUAUGGAAGUUCGAGACGGCCAAAUACUAUGUGACCAUCAUCGAUGCCCCCGGCCACAGGGAUUUCAUCAAGAACAUGAUCACCGGCACCUCGCAGGCCGAUUGUGCGGUGCUGAUUGUCGCCGCCGGCACCGGUGAGUUCGAGGCCGGCAUCUCCAAGAACGGCCAGACCCGAGAGCACGCUCUGCUGGCCUUCACGCUGGGUGUGAAGCAGCUGAUUGUCGGCGUCAACAAGAUGGACUCGACCGAGCCGCCCUACAGCGAGGCCCGCUAUGAGGAAAUCAAGAAGGAAGUGUCCUCCUACAUCAAGAAGAUUGGCUACAACCCGGCUUCGGUCGCCUUCGUUCCGAUUUCCGGCUGGCACGGCGACAACAUGCUGGAGGCCUCCGAGAAGAUGCCCUGGUUCAAGGGCUGGACCGUGGAGCGCAAGGAGGGCAAGGCCGAGGGCAAGUGCCUGAUCGAUGCGCUGGACGCGAUCUUGCCGCCACAGCGCCCCACCGACAAGCCGCUGCGCCUGCCCCUGCAGGAUGUCUACAAGAUUGGCGGUAUUGGAACGGUACCCGUUGGCCGAGUGGAGACUGGCAUCCUGAAGCCAGGCAUGGUGGUCAACUUUGCUCCGGUCAACCUGGUCACCGAGGUGAAGUCGGUCGAGAUGCAUCAUGAGGCUCUAACCGAGGCAAUGCCCGGCGACAAUGUCGGCUUCAACGUCAAGAACGUCUCGGUUAAGGAACUGCGCCGCGGCUAUGUGGCCGGAGAUUCCAAGAACAAUCCACCACGGGGGGCUGCUGAUUUUACUGCUCAGGUUAUUGUGCUGAACCAUCCUGGCCAGAUUGCCAAUGGCUAUACUCCGGUCUUGGAUUGCCACACGGCUCACAUUGCCUGCAAGUUUGCCGAGAUCAAGGAGAAGUGCGACCGUCGUACCGGCAAGACCACCGAGACGGAGCCGAAGGCCAUCAAGUCGGGCGACGCGGCCAUUAUCCUGUUGGUGCCGAGUAAGCCGCUGUGCGUCGAGAGCUUCCAGGAGUUCCCACCGCUGGGACGCUUCGCUGUGCGCGACAUGCGUCAGACCGUGGCCGUUGGCGUUAUCAAGUCUGUUAACUUUAAAGAGACUACCUCGGGCAAGGUAACAAAAGCCGCUGAGAAGGCACAGAAGAAGAAAUAACUAGGGUGCCAGCAGAACUUAAGCAACAGCAACAGCAACAGCAAUGGCAACAUAACCAUCAACACCACCCGAUCCCAGCAGCAACAGAAACAGCAACAGCAACAGGAACAGCAAGUUGUACUCACACAUGUCAAAUUUAUAAUAUCCACUCGACGAUCAAAAGCAAACCCCUGCUCUCUGGCAACUAAUACACCAAUUACUACUAUUAACUGCUGCCGGCAGAUACAGAUAUUAUACACAAUCGAGCAGAUACUACGAUACAUAAUAACCAAAUAUACAAUUAGCGAAGUUAAGGGCGGUAGAAUACAGCCGGAAUCUGUCCAGCUCCUCCCAGGAUCAGUUUUAGUCGCCGCCUUCUCUCUGGUAGUCUACUGCAUCUAUCUUAACUUGUAUCGCCAUCGCAAGUCCUUCCGCAGGAAACCCAGGCAGGCAAUGUCGUGGGAAUUGUCGACAGGAUUAGCGUUCGCUGGAGCACAGUCCGUGCUGUAGCCGCCUGCCCCUUCGAUAUUAUAUAUAAUAUACUCAUCUAACUAACUUUACACUUGAUUAGCAGCCACAACACACACACACAUCCUGUCGUGAUCAUCCACCAGUCUCGAAUGGAUUUUAAACACUUUUUAUACUUUUUUGAUAAGUCAGGUCGAGGCAUUCGAUUUAAAAUCUAUUACACGAUGUAAUUUCCGAAUUUAGUUUUAAACCAUGCCCAUACACUACUCUCCCUUAAAAUAUAUGAAAAUAAACAAAAAAAAAAAGACUACAUUCGCGAUGAAUUCAAAAUUUCUCUUGAAACCAAAAGACAAAUGCUUAAGAAGUAUUAAAAAAAAUCAACAAUUACACACAUAAUCAUGCGGUUUUUGAAAACAUUUUUAAAAUGUUCGAUCCAGCCUCAUUUUGCAUUUGCAUGCCACUCAUACCACACAUCACAUACAUACGUUAACCACUUGUCAUUGCCCCAUAACCGUCAUAAACACGUUACAUUUUCACAAUCUGAAUUUAUAUGAAUCGUAAACAAUUGUAACCGACACCAGAACAACUCAUGGAUACAGAACAUGUUGCUUAAUACAAAGAUCUUUUAAAUGAUGAGAAAAAUAAAGGAAGCUUAACCGUAAAAUACAAAA